AUGGCCAUUGUUGCUAUUGCCGGAGGUACAGGGGGGGUAGGAAAGACCAUCGUUGAGCAUCUACAGCAUCACGGGGCCCACAAACUCUUCAUCCUCGGCCGCAAGGCUCCAGCUGAGAGUACUCCUGAGUCUCCGACAUUUCUUGUUGUGGACUAUUCCAGCGUCGAGGCCCUUACCAUUCUGCUAGAAGAUCACAAGAUAGAUACAGUGGUAUCUGCCAUUAAUCUCGAAACCGACGCGGGCGGCCAGUCACAGCUGAGCCUCAUUGCUGCAGCAGACAAGUCUCAGACCACGCGACGGCUUAUUCCAAGCGAAUUUGUUACCCCAAUUGACGAGGACGAAGAUCUCGCCCGAUUCAUCGUUCGCCUCAUUGAUACGGGUGAAGAGUGGCCUCAGCGCGGAUUUUUGUCAGGCUCUGAUAUGUCUGUCAAUGAACUUAUCGAGAUUGCCGAAAGAAUCCGAGGCUCCAAGAUGGAGAUUCUAUACGACCCUGUGGAUAAGCUGGAACAGGGUGACGCCACACUGCUAUGGCACCCCGAAGAGGUCACCGAGGAUGAGUUCAAGCCCUUGCUGGCGGGACUGUGCCGGAUGAUCAUUGCCGGCGCUUGCAUCUUGCCCGACGAUGACCGCCGCCUUGACAAGCGCUUUCCAGAUGUUCCUCUUACGUCUGUGGAAGAGAUCGUCGCCAAGGCCUGGGGUGGCAAGUCCUUCUCCGUCUAAACGACAUGUUCAUGAUGAAGCCAGUGGCUAUGUAAAAGAGCCUGUGUUAGUGGCCCCGCCAGGCUGGCAAUGGACUUUUGGCGAAAUCUGGCUGCCAGCAUAUCUUCC